GCUGCGGCGGCCGCAGGUUGCAGAGUGGGUGGGAGCCGCUGCGGGCGCGGCACUGCAGCCCCAAUCCUGAACCCCGAACCCAGCACCCAGCACCCAGCCCCGGCCGCAGGCCACGGAGGCUAGGAUCCAGCGGGUACCAGCCGAGGACGUUUCGACCCCCAAGGCGCCCACCAACCCACGCGCCACGAUGGUGUGCGGGGGCUUCUCGUGCUCCAAGAACUGCCUGUGCGCGCUCAACCUGCUGUACACUCUGGUCAGCCUGCUGCUCAUCGGGAUUGCCGCUUGGGGCAUUGGCUUCGGGCUAAUCUCCAGUCUCCGAGUGGUGGGCGUGGUCAUCGCCGUGGGCAUCUUCCUGUUCCUGAUUGCGCUGGUGGGGCUGAUUGGCGCUGUGAAACAUCAUCAGGUGUUGCUGUUUUUUUAUAUGAUCAUUCUCCUGCUCGUAUUUAUUGUUCAGUUCUCCGUGUCUUGUGCUUGCUUAGCGCUGAAUCAGGACCAACAGUGUGGCUUCCGAAGCUACAACCCAAAUGUCACCUGCCCGGCUAGCUGUGCUAAAAUGACCCACAAGUGCUUACCGUGCGCCCCCAUCAUCGAAGCGUAUGCUGGAGAGGUUUUGAGAUUCGUUGGAGGCAUUGGCCUCUUCUUCAGCUUCACAGAGAUCCUGGGUGUUUGGCUGACCUACAGGUACAGAAACCAGAAAGACCCUCGCGCCAACCCCAGUGCUUUCCUUUGAGGAGAAAACAAGGAAGAGUUUCCCCGUGUUGAUCUUGCUCCCUUUCUCUAAUCUUAAGUUAAGCUUCUUUGUUCACUGAUAGAGCAAACAGUAUCUGAAAACUACAUUAUCAACAGUGGAAUUAAAUAUUUUCACUCUUAACGUUUCUCUAAACGUGUUUUGUUGACAUUGCUGAAAAAGCAGCUGAAAUUCAUUGUGUCCCCGACCCUCAGUGGUCCCUGUAAUCUGCUGUUCUUGGUGUCUGGCACUGUCCACUGUGGCCUUUCCUGCUGUAAAACUGUAUAUGGCACCCCUGGGGAAGUGGUCCUGCACCCCAACAUCUCGGUCUCCCCGGGAUUACAGCAGGGAGUGCCGUGCUGUGCAGGUAGCUCCCGCCGAAGACAGUUGAAGCUGAUGAAGCCGGCGAGGCAGAGGGUCUGAUGCGUUCAGUUCCGUAGGCGACAUCUAAGUUCCCUGUACCUUUUGUCUUUUCAGGAAAGCUGCACUGUAGAGACAAGUGUUAGCAUAGAAGUGAUCAUUUAGUUCUCGUAGUCCAUCACGAUUACAUCUGUGUAGUCUAGAAGUAGCUGUGUCUUUAGGAAACUGAAGUUUAGGUUUUGACUUUUAUACUCAAGGGCAAAGGAGGUGACACCGUUUGGGAAAUGUUCUGGUUUGUGACUGUCAGCCUUUGAAAUGGGAUGAGCUUGAGGAAGAUAGUGUAUAUAUGUAUAAUCUGGCAUCCUUUUGUUUUAAAUAAUUUGAAGUUUAAAACACUGUAUUUGUAAGCAACUUGCAAUCGCUACGUUGGCCCAUGUAACAAAAAGAUAUUUGGUUAUCUUAAAUAACCUUGUCUUGAUAUUUCUUGGUAUUGUGACAGUGAGUUGUCAAAUGCAAACAUAUUUAAAUGUGCUACCUCCCAUAAGUUGAGAGAAAAAUGAUGUUUGUGGCUUGUAUGUUACAUUAAAAAUUAAAAGCUGGAACCCUU